GGGGACUAACCUCUGGAGCUGAGGUCUCGGUGCCCAGCCCCCACCCAGGCGUCGCCCAGCCCUUUCUCGGGUAUUAACCUUCGGAGGAGAGGUCUCGGUGCCCAGCACCCACCCGGGCGUCCCCCAGCCCCCUCUCGGGGACUAACCUUCAGAGGCGAGGUCUCAGUGCCCAGCCCCCACCCAGGCAUCUCAAUUUUUGGUGACUGUGCCCGUAGUUCAGAUGGUCCGUUGGGUUCUUGAUCGGCUUUUCCAUACUCCAACUUACUGCUACAUUCUUCUCUGCAUCUGGAGAUUCCUCCGGUUUGUUUGAUCUUUCCCCCGGUUGGUGACUUUCCAGGGUGCGGGAUCCCUUUCUCCUCCGCAGUUCCCUUUCGGGAGCGCCCAUCCCACUCGGAUUCACCUUCUCUCACUCUCCUCUUUUCUCCCAUUCUGCCCAGUAAUGUCACUAACUUCUUGCCAUUAUUGGAGUUUAGAUUCCUCUGCCAGCAAUUGGUUGCUAUUCUGUGCGAGUCAUUUAUUCUGUAGAUGUGCUUUUUUUGUUGUGUUUGUGGGAGAGGGCGAGCAUGUCCCCCUACUCCUCCGCCAUCUUGUCCUCUCUCCGAGAUUAAGCAUUUUAAAAUAUGGAAGUUAAAACACAUUUUCCCAACUAAAUAUCUUCUUAUGUUUUGUAUGUUUUCCAAAUAAAUUUAAGAUUGUCCUAGCACAGUAAUUUUUUGUAUAUCCCUAGGGGUGAAAAGCCCUACUCAUGUGUUAGGAGUUCGUAGUAUGGCAGAUUCCAUUGUGUCUUGGUAAUAUAAUAAUUUAUAUAAUGUUAUUGAUAAUGCUUAUUAAAAUAAUCAUUCAUUGCUUCUAGAGAGGGAUCUAGUGGGGAUGUCUUUCAGCCACUCAGAAAAACUUUCCUAGGAUCAUAUUUCAAUGUGAUUAUUGCUGUCCAUGACCUGGUCCUCACUUUGUGGAUCCAGCUUUGGAAAUUUUGUUCAUUUCUCAUCUGUAUCAUACUAUUAAAACUCAAAAAAGAACUAUGAAUAUACACAAAUGGAAUUACUUAUUAUAAAAAUUUGGCAAGAACUUUGCUUAUCAGCACAUUCCCUUUUUGUCAAAAUAUCUGCACAAGAAGGAAAAUUAUAAAACCUCAUGGUUUAUUGGUGAGCAUGGAAUCAGAGCAGACAGGGUUAACUGGAGAUCUUGCCAGGGAAGGUUAUUGAUCCCUGAUCACUCCAACCAUCUGAGCUGUAGAAACAGACCUAUAAGGAAGGAAGCACUCUCAUACCAUCAGGCCAGACUCCCUAGACAAGGCUGAAGAUGUACUGACAACCACCAGUCCCAUGGAUCACCCCCCUUCUUUAUUCUUCAGUCUUUUCAUAGACAAGUACCUCAUACAACUUCUCCAGUUGGAUUCCUAAGUCACAGUCAUCCUCCACCCCUGAAUCCAUGAGGUCACAUCAAAGCCUCUUGAGUGGAGUUUUGGAUGCACUCAGAACUCCCUAGUUAUAUGUCUACCCAGGUUUUCUUGUUUUCCUCCUCCAGCUUUUCUCACCCAUUGUGAGUGGAUUUAACAGAUUUUGCUUCUAAAAAACCAGUGUUGUUUCUCUAACUUCCAAGUUCCUUAGGGAACAUCUCAAUGUAUCCACUGAUACUGAUGACAACUGACCAGAGUUUCGUCAACAAAAUUGCCUUUCUGUAUAUUAAUCUUAGAGAAGCUUUUUCUUUGGAGUCAACCAGGCACAAAUUCAACAGUUUAGCCUCAGAUUAUUUUUGCCUCCAAAAGCACUAACUAGAUGUUUGCACUAGCAAGGACACUGGAUUUCUAAAUGGUAUUUUGAGGAAGCUGUUAUCCAGGACUUAAGGACAAGCCAGCUAUUGGCAUAUCACCAAAUCGCAGAGGCAUAAAGUACCAGUCAGUUUAAUGCUACAGAGAUCUGUUAAAUGGCAAAUUCACUAAAUUAUCUCUUUGCAAAAAAAAAAAAUAGCUGUCUGUGAAGCAGAUACCAAUUCUUGUCUUGCUGAAGUAGGGCAGAUGUGAUUUUUUUAAUGAAUUGUCAUUUCUUGUCUUUUUAAAUUUCAUGUGUGAUACGUGAUACAAAUGCUACAUCACUAUAAAAAUAGUGAGGCCUCCAACACACUGUCAUUCCACCUAUGGCCUUUCCUGCUGAUUACCUAGAUUUCUUCUUUUAAUAGUCAUAGAGCAGAAGAGUUACCAGUAGUGCAUUGGGAAGUACAUCUUGAACUGUUUUCAUAUGCAUGAGCACACACUCACCACAGCCUUCAAAUCAGUGUGUGAAUGCCUGACUUCAUCCUCAUUUACACUCAUGCACACACAUCUAGAUUCUCAAUACAUGUACAAGAGGCAGCCCCCCAAAUCCAAUUCCUACAAAUUGUAUGGGUUGUCAUUCACAACUGAUAAAUCAGUAAUUAUGAGUCCAUCAGUAGAUUAAUUGCCAAAUGGCCAACGGCUACUUGAUUUCAUUACUCCUAAAAUAAAUAUAUUCAUCAGAGCUCACAUGUAGCACAUCCAUUGAUUCCUUCUUAGCAACUUAAUCACAUAACAUACAUGUUGCUUUUUAUCUUUUUUAUUCCUCAAGUUACAUAAGUUGCUCUAGAGAGCAAAAGUUGAUUUCAGUUGCUAAAAGCAACACAGUUGCUAUUUCUAGUUGAGAACUUGGAAUUUCACCUCUUUUUUAGGACAACUCUAAUCUCACAUUUGGAGUUCUUCCAUUAAGGAUUACUUCUCCAUUCCAGAAGUUCUCUUAAUAAUUUUGACAUGUGAAGCUCCAAGAUGGUCCCUAUUUCUGUAAUUUUAUCUUCUCUUUUGGGUGGACAUUCUUUCUUCCCAUCACAAGUGUCAGUGGCUCUAGGGAAUCUAUUAUCAGUGACACAAUCCCCUCCUGUAAAAUUGGAUGUCAAAUUAAGUGAUUGUUUUAGUGUAUAACUACCCAUGAUCUUCAAAAUUUGUCUCUUAAAAAUGACUGUAUUGGAGUUUCCAUCAUGGCUCAGUGGUUAACGAAACUGACUAGCAAGCAUGAGAGUGCAGGUUCGAUCCCUGGCUUUGCUCAGUGGGUUAAGGAUCCAGCGUUGCUGUAAGCUGUGGUGUAGGUAGCAGAUGUUGCUCAGAUCCUGUAUUGCUGUGGCUGUGGCAUAGGCCAGCAGUUACAGUUUCCAUUUGACCCCUAGCCUGGGAAACUCCAUAUGCCAUGGGUGUGCCCCUGCCCAAAAAAAGCAAAAAUAAUAAUAAUAAUAAUAAAUUAAUUAAUUUUAAAAAGGCUGUAUUUAUAAAAGAAGGUCUAGAUGUUUUCAAAAGUUCUGUCCUAAGCUAUCCAUUUUAUGUUUUUCAUAGUGAAAUGGGGGAAAAUCAGACCAUGGUUACAGAGUUCAUCCUGCUGGGAUUUCCCCUCAAUCCAAGGAUUCAGCUUUUCCUCUUUGGGCUCUUCUUCCUGUGCUAUGCCUUCACCCUGCUGGGGAAUGGGGUCAUCCUGGGGCUCAUCUCAUUGGACUCCAGACUGCACACCCCCAUGUACUUCUUCCUCUCACACCUGGCCAUCGUUGAUGUAGCUUAUGCCUGCAACACGGUGCCCCAGAUGCUGAUAAACCUCCUGAGUCCAACCAAGCCCAUCUCCUUCACUGGCUGCAUGACACAGACCUUUCUCUUUUUGAGUUUCGCUCACACCGAAUGUCUUCUCCUGGUGGUGAUGUCCUAUGAUCGGUACGUGGCCAUCUGCCACCCCCUCCGAUAUUCUGCCAUCAUGAGCUGGAGACUCUGCUUCAUCCUGGUGGUGACAUCCUGGGCAUGUGGCUCCCUCCUGGCCUUGGUCCAUGUAGUGCUCAUCCUGAGGCUGCCCUUCUGUGGGCCGCGUGAAAUCAACCACUUUUUCUGUGAAAUCCUGGCUGUCCUCAAGCUGGCCUGUGCUGACACCUGGCUCAACCAAGUGGUCAUCUUUGCUGCUUGUAUGUUUAUCUUAGUUGGGCCCCUCUGCUUGGUGCUGGUCUCCUACACACACAUCCUGUUUGCCAUCUUAGGGAUCCAGUCAGGUGAGGGCCGUAGAAAGGCCUUCUCUACCUGCUCCUCCCACCUCUGUGUGGUUGGGCUCUUCUUUGGCAGUGCCAUUGUUAUGUACAUAGCCCCCAAUUCCCACCACCCUCAGGAGCAGCAGAAGGUCCUUUUCCUGUUUUACAGUCUUUUCAAUCCUAUGCUGAACCCACUGAUCUACAGCCUGAGGAAUGCAGAGGUUAAGGGUGCCCUGAGGAGAGCAGUAUUCAAGGAGAGGCAUUUCCAAUUGGAGUAACAAUUGCAUCACCAGCUCAAGUAGUCCACUUGGAGCUUUGAGUACUGAAGGCCACCUAAACUCAUUCCUCUCUUCAUAUCUGAGGCUAAAUGAUCUAAGAUACUCUGUAAAGCACUCUCUUUUCCUCCCCAUAAAGUAGUUAGGUUUGUUGCAUUCCUUAUAUUUCAUUCCAUCAAACAGAUUUAUUGUCUCAUUCAACUGCUUAAUGAAUUAAGAUUAUCUGGAAUUCCCUUAGUAGCGCAGUGGUUAAUGAAUCCGACUAGGAACCAUGAGGUUGCGGGUUCGAUCCCUGGCCUUGCUCAGUGGGUCGACGAUCUGGCAUUGCCAUGAGCUGUGGUGUAGGUCGAAGACAUGGCUCAGAUCCUGCAUUGCUGUGGCGCUGGCGUAGGCCAGUGGCUACAGCUCUGAUUUGACCCCUAGCCUGGGAACCUCCAUAUGCCAAGGGAGCAGUAGAAAAGGCAAAAAGACAAAAAAAAAAAAAAAAAAAAAAAAGAUUAUCUGGAGGAAAAAAAAAUGUAUUUCAUCCACUGCAAUGGGUUCCAAAAGAUUAAAAUAGACACUCUACCUCUGAUCUUAUUAGGCAUGCACAGUAAUAGCAGGACUGCAGGCAUUACCAGAUAUAGCCACAUCAGUAAUACUUUUUCAAAAUACUGCAGUCACAGGCAGAAACCUAGAAUCCAUUAAUACCCUUUUCCAUUUUGACUUUACAUUCAGAUAUUUCCUUUCAAUUGUAAAUGAUCUCACACAUAGUAAAUGUGUGCCUAAAGGCCUACUUAGGUUUAGAGGAAAAUGAUUUUGUUUAUUAAACCCUAUAGUCUGUCUUACAAUGUCUGUGCUCAGAGAGUGAGUCCACAUACAUUCAGAUGGCAUCCUAGGGAAUUAAUUACCCAAGACAAUCUACUGUCCAAUCUGCCCUGGGCUUUCAAUGGCCACUUGUUGCCACACUCUUCUCACCUACUCAAGAAGAAUGUCUAUGAUUCUCUCAGAAUAAACACACACUCUUCACUUAGGAGGAGUUAGCAAGUGCUGCAGUUCAAUUCUCAAUUGCUCGGUAUGGAUGGAAAGCCCCAAGCAGGGGCAAUUGAAUGGAAAAAAGGAGUGUUAAUAAUAAUAACAGUUAACAGUAUUAUUAAGUACUUACUCCUUGCUACCCACUGCACAGUGAUAGUUACUUUACAGAGAUUGCCUCUCAACAAACCCAUUUCUCAUUACCAUCCCAUGUUAUAGAUGCAAAAAUUAAGUCAAUGGCAAAUAGGAGACUCAUACUACAAAAAUCUGACCCCUAAGCCUUUUCUACCUAACAGGACAUGUCUAUCAAUGUUACUAAAUUGAGAAUAAGGGUAACCUAUUCCAACACAGAAUGUGUUAGGAGAGUGUGUGUUUCUUCUUUGUCUAAUAUGUACACAGUGAGUCUGGGGAGCCAGAUGUUACUUACUGAUGGCUUCUUGUCCCGGUCAGUGAGUCCUGUGAGCCUGGUCUCUAAAGAUGUUCUGAGUUUUAGAGGAGCACAGGGAGGGUGGGAGUGGAGGCUGUUCUCACUGAGAUUAGAAGUUUGGUUUAGCUCUAAGGAUGGUGUUAAGACCCAGAACUAGGACAUCUCUAGUUUCACAUACACCACUCGCAUGUUCAUACACAUGCAUGUGCACCUGUUCACUGAGUGCUCACUCUCGUGAGACACUAUUCUAAGCAUCUUAUGAGUAUUACCUUUUUCAAUCUUCAUGGCAGCCCUAUAAGAUAGGAACUAUUACUCACCACAUUUUAGGUGAGAAAACAGUGGCACAAAUGGAUUAAGCAGCUUAACCAAAGCCUAACCUCUAACAAGUACCUAGUCCAAGAUCACACUUAGGCAGUUUGAUUCCCAAGCCCAUGGUCAUAGCCAUUACAUAAAAAUCAAAAAGAUGUGAUGUUCCAAGAGAAGAAGGAAGAGGGGAAGGAAGGAGAAAAUUUUCAGUGUCCAACCAAUAGGCACCGAGCUCCACAAAGGAAAAAACAUUUAAAUUACUAAAGAAUGCAGUAUUGACUUUAUAUUGGUACAAGCAUGAAGGUAAGGUAGCAAGAAAGGACUGUAACUCCAAGGGUCAAGGAUGGAAGAGGAGCCUCUCAACUAGCAGGACAGUGAAACUGAAAACAAUAGAAGAAAGAGGAUGGUGAUAAAGUUUUCAAUGGAUGGUUCACUUUGUUGAAGAGCAUUAGGAAGUGUUCUUGUAAGUUAUCCAAACUGGAUAUAAUUUGUAAUUCCAGUAUUCCUAACACAGUCUUUAAAUGAUUUUUCAGUUUCAUAGCAGAAGUCACAUGCUACUUGGCCACAUGCAAAAGCAUGUCCCCUUCAGGAAGCCACUCAGACUUGGAGGGAACAGCCUUACAAGGAGUCUCAGUCACAGCCCAGACUCAGAUGAGUCAGUUAGCAAAGGCUCCCUGGGGACCCUUGAACGUGAUCCUAGACCAUCCAUUAAGAAAACAUGUAGGACCUUUCCUUAGGCAAAGAAAUUCAGAUUUUUUUUAUUUUCAACAUUUUCUAAUCUUCAGCUAGGGCUUUACAGUACAUUUCUCAAUUAUGUAUCAUCACUCCACAUGGGACAGGGCAAGAAUCAGCUUCUCUCUUUAUCUCCAGCACCUUAACAUUCCUAACACAGAAUAAAUACUCACCGAAUGCUCACAUUCACUGAAUGCUCAUUAAAUAAAGGACCCUUUAACUAUCUAUUAUAGCCACAUUUCCAAAUUUUCAAUACAGCUAUCUUCUGAUUUCUAACCUUCUUUAAAUCCCUCUAAUUGUGGGUUAUAGUAUAGCAUAAAUUUCAUUGUAGCUGAUAAUUAAGGACCACUUGCUAUGUGGUAAGAAUUAUAUAAAAUGGUUUAAUAUAAUCUUCACAUCACAUCUGUGGAGUGGGUAUAAUUACUAUCUUUAUAUAACGGUGAGGAAAAUGAAGUUUAGAGAAGUCAAUUAAUUUACGCAAGGUCACAAAAUCAUUCUCUAGUGGAAAUAUACUUCAAGACCAGGAAGUUUGUGUACAGUAGCAUAUCAUCUGUUUGGGACAUUUUUACUUCUUCUCUUCCAAUUUGGAUUCCUUUUAUUUGCCCACAGAAUGGUAGAAAAUAUUUGCAAAUGAAGCAACUGACAAGGGAUUGUAUUUUCAAAAUAUAUAAACAGGGAGUUCCCUUUGUGGCAUUGUGGAAAUGAAUCCGACUAGAAUCCAUGAGGAUGUGGGUUCGAUCCUGGGCCUUGCUCCGUGGAUUGGGGAUCCAGUGUUGCCAUGAGCUGUGGUGCAGUUUGCAGAUGUGGCUUGGAUCCCGCAGUUGCUGUGACUGUGGUAUAGGCCAACAGCUGUGGCUCUGAUUCACCCCUAACCUGGGAACUUCCAUAUGCCGUGGGUGUGGUCCUAAAAAGCAAUUAAAUUAAAUUAAAUUAAAUUAAAUUAAAUUAAAUUUAAAAACAAAAAACCCCACAAUAUACAAACAACUCAUGCAGCUCAAUAUCAAAAACAAAACACCCAAUCAAAAAAACGGGCAGAAGAUCAAAAUAGACAUUUCUCCGAAGAAGACAUAGAGAUGGCCAAAAAACACAUGAAAAGAUGCUCAAUAUUACUAAUUAUUAGAGAAAUGCAAAUAAAACUACCAUGAAGUACCAUCUCACACCAGCCAGAAUGGCCAUCAUCAAAAGGUCUGCAUAUAAUUCUUUUUUACGUAUAUGUUAUAUUUAUACAUAUGACUGAUUCACUUUGUUGUACAUCUGAAACUAACGUAACGUUGUAAGUCAACUAUGCUCCAAUAAAAUUUUAAAAAUGCCUACAAACAAUAAAUGCUGGAGAGGGUAUAGAGAAAAGGGAACACUAUAACAUUGUUCAUGGGAAUGUAGUUGGCACAACCACUGUGGAAAACAGCAUGGAGAUUCCCCAGAAAACUAAAUAUACAAUUACCAUUUAAUCCAGCAAUCCAACUCCUGGACAUAUAUCCAGACGAAACUAUAAUUCAAAAAAAUACAUGCACCCUUAUGUUCAGUGCAGCACUAUUUACAAUAGCCAAGACAUGGAAGCAGCCUAAAUGUCCAUCAGCAGAGGACUGGAUAAAGAAGAUGUGUGUGUACACACACACACACACACACACACACACACAUAUAUUUACGGAAUAUUACUCAGCCAUAAGGGAAUGAAAUAAUUCCAUUUGCAGCUAUAUGGAUGGACCUAGAGAUUAUCAUACUAAGUGAUGUUAUGCAGUGAAAGACAAAUAUUAUAAGAUAUCACUUAUGGAGUUCCCGUCGUGGCGCAGUGGUUAACGAAUCCGACUAGGAACCAUGAGGUUGCGGGUUCAAUCCCUGCCCUUGCUCAGUGGGUUAACGAUCCGGCGUUGCCAUGAGCUGUGGUGUAGGUUGCAGACGCGGCUCGGAUCCUGCGUUGCUGUGGCUCUGGCGUAGGCCGGUGGCUACAGCUCCGAUUCAACCCCUAGCCUGGGAACCUCCAUAUGCCGCGGGAGCGGCCCAAGAAAUAGCAACAACAACAACAACAAAAGACAAAAAGACAAAAGACAAAAAAAAAAAAAAAAAAA